AGGUGCAGGCGCCUCACGCACGGACUGUGGACCCUCUACCGCUCUGGUCUGUCCACACCGCUCAGCACACGCAGGGAUGGGAGAGAGAGACGCAGGGACACAGCAGGGCUCCAGCAGCAGCAGCAGCAGCUCCAACUGAAAGCUCCACCCUCAGGUGCUAGGAGACCCCCCAGGACAGAGCACCUCACCAGGACCCCCACCUUUGUCCGGAGCGGAGCUGAAGAUGAAGUCCGAUGGGUUGGGGGGGCCCGGGCAAACUGCCGGCGCGGGGAAAGGGGCCUCCAACAAGCCUGGAGAGGGCGAGGCGGCCGUGGCCAAAAACGCCAAAGACAAGGCCAAGGCCGCCAAGCCAGGGGAGAGGGGCACGCCGUCCAAAACGAGAGCGGGCGUCAGGGACAAGCCCGAGGUCAACGGCGUGGCGAAGGCAGAGGCUCCCGGGGCGGCACGGGAAAAUGCGGGGGCUGCCGGCACCAUGAACGGAAUUCGGGGCUCCCCCUCCGCCAAGGACAGGAAGCCUGCCCCGGGCACCAGGCCCAAAGCCCCGCCCGGCAACGCGGCCCCGCCCAAACCCGCCAAACUUCCGAGGAGCAGCUCAGGGAAGGACUCCACCCCGACUCUCGAGAGCUCCGGGGCCCAACCGCCCCUCAGCGCCUCCACCUCCGGGAGCGCCUCGCCCGAAAACAGCUCCAGCAGCCCCCGCAACUCCACCCCAGGUCACAGGCAAAAAACAGCAGCCAAGGCACUGACCACCAGAUCCCCUGGGGUCAAAGGUAUCUCGAAGCCUGAUCCAUCCAAGACUAACAGCACUGCAAGCAAGACGAAUAUGAAAGACGCCAGCAAAGCCAAGCCUCCCACCACAGGCAGGCACGUAACAGGAACGGCAGGCCCCAGAACAGACCUGAGAGGCAGGAGCACCCCCACCAACGGUUCGGGAGAGAACCACGCGGUGAGUGCGAGGAAGCCUGCCUCACCCAGGAAAGAGGACAGCAAGGAGAGUCCAAAAGCAGCAGCCGGGGACAAAACAGCCAGCGAGGCUACCAAGAAGAAGGUGGCCAAAGCCACACCUGCCACCGGAGCGGAAACCAAGACAAGUACCAAGCCAACAAAGGCCGUGUUGGGAUCCCCCAAACCAUCCCCACCCACGGGAGGGAAAAGCACCCUGAAACAGAAAAGUACCCCAGAGUCGCCUACGGCAAAGGGCUCCCCGAAGUCAGCCGGACCGGAGAAACAACCUUCGGCCGGACUCAAGAAGCAGGGGACAAAAACCAAGGAGUCCACCCAGAAAGUUUCAGCCUCCAAAAGCACAGCUGAGCCCGAGCCGGCAGCUCCUGAGCAUGCUCCUGAGGUGAGGUCAAAGGGCGGGACAGAGGGGCUAGAGCAUGCUGGGAAAGCAGGAGAAGCAGCUCCUUCAUCCCAGAGCACAUCGCUGCAUGGCCCUGAUAAGGAUGGAGCGACUGUCCCAAUUCAAGAAGAGAAGGCACAUCCUGUUCCCAAUCCCCUGGCCGAUGCUCAACCCUCUGUACCCAGUCCAGGACCAGCUCAGACUAACGGGCUUACCGAGAGUCCAGCCUGCGUGGACUCCUCCAGACCAGCAGAGGCCACUGCCAGGAAGCAGACUCCAGGCAGUGUAAUCCCACCCAGGCUCUGCACCAGUCACGGGCUGGGCUCGCCAAACUCACCCAAGGACACGUACCCACUGAGCACCCCAGGUAGCCAGGAGGGGUCCGAAACACCGCUGGAGGACUCCUGGAGCGGACACCACCCCCAGGUCAGCCCCGAGUCCGAGACGGGCAGCGCCGCCACCACCUCCUCCGACGACAUCAAGCCGCGCUCGGAGGACUACGACGCGGGCGGCUCGCAGGACGACGACGGCUCCAACGACCGGGGCGUGUCCAAGUGCGGCACCGUGCUGUGCCACGACUUCCUCGGCCGCAGCAGCAGCGACACCAGCACGCCCGAGGAGCUGAAGAUGUACGACGCCGGCCUGCGGGCGGAGCUGCGGCUGAGGGCCCGCGACAUGGCCGACCCCUUUCACGGCCACUCCACCAGCGACGAGGAAGUGACCUGCCGCAGGCCCCGCUCCUGGCUGCACCGCGAGGAGGCCCCCGUGCAAGAGGACGCCGGCGAGGAGGAGAACACCGUCACCGUCAAGAACGUCCCGAACCACCAGCUCUUCUCCUCCGAUGAGGAGGAGGAAGAGGAGGAGGAGACAGAGGACGAGAGGUCGGAGGUGGAGAUCCCGGAGGAGGCCCCGCCCCCGCCGGCCGACCCCUCCCCCCACCAGUUCCAGGGAAUCGUCAACCUGGCGUUCGAGGACAUCGCCGAGCAGGACAACGACCUGCAGGCUUACAAGUCGGCCUCCAACUUCCGUCGCUCUGUUCUGCUCUCCGUCGAUGAGUGCGAGGAACUAGGGUGUGAGGAAGGGGGAGCGCAGACUCCCCCGCGCCAACCUGACGACCCCCUCGCACCCUGUGAUGUCUUUGACAGCAACCCAAGAAACACAGCGGCACCCCAGCAAGACUCCCUCCCCUGCCCGGGUGCGCAAGACCAGUCAUCUGAGACCCUCAACAAUAGCACUGUAUCCAGGGAUGCCAAGGAUGCUCACACGGAAAAAUGCAGGAAGGAACACGCCACUGUCCUGACAGACGUCCAUUGGUCCGCGCGGGAGGUGGCAAAGAACAGUGAGCUCAGCGGGGUGACAUCCACCAACCAAUUCCUGGACCACAACACUAGUGACCUACGACCUCAGGAGAGGCCCAGCCACUUGGACCUCCAGCACACCGAGCAAUACCCCGAAGGUGGGCCCCUGAGGAACGCCCAGGCAGACCCCGCGGAUGGGCGGAAAAAGGACUUUCACCUGGACUUGCAUGAGCAUCAGCUGACAGGGCGCUGCCCCACAUCCAGUGCACACACUGCAUCUUCCCCAGCAGGGGACUGUGAUGAUUGUGACAGAUUGGAUCAAACCUGCACAUAUGACCGUCGCCCGUCCAGUACCCUCUGUCCCAUUUAUGAGACGGACAAGGGCGAGCGCCUGGAGCGGAGCUCGGACGCGGACAGGUGCGCUCUGCGGCGAGAGGAGCAGCCGCCGAAAGAAAAGGAGGCGGAGGCGGACGCGGACGCGGACGCGGACGACAGUGAGGACGAGGACAGCCAGUUCGCCGAGCGGGACUGGACCCUGCUUCGGCAGCUGCUCUCCGACCAGGAGUCCAGUCUGGGCAUCACUAACUGCGUCCCCGAGGAUCUCAACCUGGCCCAGUACCUCAUCAAGCAGACGCUGGCUUUGUCCCGCGACUUCCUGCAGACGGAGGGCGACUCGUCCCUGGAGAAGGAGACGUUCAAGAGGUGGGCGGAGCUUAUCUCCCCGCUGGACGACUCCGGCACCAGCAUCACCGUCACCAGCUACUCCCCAGAGGACGCCGCUUCGCCCCAGGGCGAGUGGACCAUCGUGGAACUAGAAACGCAUCACUGAGUCACUGGCGACGAGCAGUCCCUAUGAGCGGCCUUCGCUUUAAUACUCUUCCCGUUUGCAGCGAGAUCUUUUCUCCCUUACUACCUAGGUGUGACUUUACCUAUAGCACGCUAUACAAGGAACAUUUUUGAAGGAUUCCAGAUUUAAAAGUGUUUUCGCAUGUGAAUAUUUUUGUAUGUUUUACCCAUUUAAUUGAUGUGGCUGCUUUUGACUUUAAAUAGAACCAAACAGGCCCCUCCCACCUUUUCACGUCCCUCGCUCUGUGUGACAAUGCUAUGACGAUGGCGUUGCACCAGAAAAUAGGAAGGAAAAAAAACCCCUGUUGCUCGAACUGUUUAUUUACGUUCAUUGUUCAGUUUAUGAGGAAAUAAAGUGUGUGGUUCUGCAAGACAAACUCCAGAAUAAAUGUUUGCAAGGCUGUGAUCUGUAGCACUUGGAGGUCAGUGAGGCUGACACAAUGAGGCCACAGUCUGAGGGACCGGCCAAAGCGAGUAGGCGGGGAUAAAGAUUUGUUGUACAUUUCAAAAGACUGUGCGACUCCAGCUCGCUGUGCCAGCCUGACAGCCUCAUAUAAAUGACGCAGUCUUUUGUCAUAUAAAUUCAUUAUCGUGCUCAAUUGGGUCCUGCUUCGAAGCGCAGUACCAUGCUAGGGAAGUGUUAUUGCGGAAUCGUGUCAACCAGGAAGCGCCUGAUUUUUGCAAGUAAGUGAGCGAUUUCGAGUCAAAAGACUUGACAUUUGGCAGACCUCACCUCACACAGUAAACAGCUGUGUUACCAAGAUAAAUAGAAAACUGGCAACAUGCAUCAAAACCGAAAUGAGUAUUCAAUUUGAACAUAGCUCAGCAUGCAGCAUACACAAAAUUACAGCUAUGAACAGGCUCUGGUUUUCAUCUUCCUCACCAGGCUCUUUCAUGCCAUGGUCUACCUUACAGUGACAUAAAUAGGUGUUUGCAUGUAGGAUAAAUAUAGUACAAGCACAAAUUAUGAACACAGGUAGGCUACUAGCCUGUAGCUAGUUAAAUGACGUGAAUCUUGGUCGAUACAAAUGGGAAGUGUCAAGCUAAUGUCGAGCUUGCUUGUGAUUUUUAUUUUUUAUUUUUGUUGCCCGUCAAGGUGGAUUGCCAGUUGUUGAACUAUUUAAGAAUGUAAUUAAUGUGACUUGACUGAAGAAUGUAGUUGGCUCAGUAGCCUGAUUUUUUCCUGAUUUUGCAUAACUAAUGACUUUCCACUGAACCCAUUGAGCAUGAUGGCUACAUAGCAUAACAGCAGUGACAGAUCAUUUGUAAUUUAGUCUAGCUGUAUAGCUAGCAGCGAGCCAAACGAUCCAUGCUACUCCAACCACCAGCUAGCUGUGUAAUUAAUAGCUUUCAGCGACAACCUAUUCAUCAUAUUAGCCAAAAUAUUCCAAACUAAGAAAAAAUAAAUCACACUUCUGUUCUCCAAUAAAAUGACAAGAUGUGCUCAUUGUUUUUCCUAUAAACAUGUUCAAAUAAAGGAGGACAUAUUCAUAUA